CAAGCACCGCUAGAUAAAAGGCCAGGAAAUUAGAAAUUUUACAUCAGUUUCUAACAAAAUGGUAGAUAAGGUAUUUUUGUCGGUUUUAAUCAGUGUACUGAUCUUUUGUUCCUUGCUACAUGAUGUGUCGCUUACACUUUCUAUUUCAAAUAAUUCUCAUAACGUCAUACAGUGCCCAGACCCCGUAACAUCGCUUAGGCCUCUAUACCAAAGUAACGUUUUUGAAGAAGGCAGCUUCUUGAAGCGAAAGAUACGCAGAUUUGUCUUUCCCGUGGCUGGACUUAACAAAUGUAAAAUAACAUGUUUGAAAAUCACAGAUCAGGAUAUUGAAGGCAAAGGAGGGAGUGCUCGUAUAGUUAGCGGAGGAUAUGGUACCUAUGAUGUUGAAAUUAUCCUAAGAUCAGAUCUUGGCGGGGACAUCAAUUACAGGAUCGAAGUUUGGUCAGACGAAUAGGUUAACCUCAAUACAUUGUGUGUGUGAUUACAGAAAUAUUUAAAUAGUGCGAAUUUGUUAUAAAUAUUCUAAUAAAUUUAAAAUAAUAAAAAAAAUUAUUUAUUUGAGGAAGACGAA